UCUUCACUUCCUCUCUGUUUCUUCGCUAAACCUUUCAUGGCUCGGGAAAACAAGCUUUUCAUAAGCUCCAAAGCGGAGCUUAAACGAAAACAGAAGGAAAAAAAGAAGGCAAAAUCUGGCGGUUUCGAGUCCUUAAACCUCAGCCCUAAUGUCUACAGAGGAAUCAAGCGGAAGGGAUACAGAGUCCCAACGCCAAUUCAGCGCAAGACUAUGCCUCUUAUUCUUGCUGGAAGCGACGUCGUUGCCAUGGCCCGGACAGGUUCGGGAAAAACGGCGGCUUUUUUGGUCCCCAUGCUGGAGAAGCUGAAGCAGCAUGUGCCUCAGGGCGGUGUCCGGGCUCUCAUUUUGUCUCCGACAAGGGAUUUGGCCUUACAGACAUUGAAGUUUACCAAGGAAUUGGGAAAAUUUACAGAUCUUCGAAUUAGUUUACUCGUUGGUGGUGAUAGCAUGGAAAGCCAGUUUGAGGAGUUAGCACAGAACCCCGAUAUUUUAAUUGCUACUCCUGGUAGACUGAUGCACCACCUGGCUGAAGUUGAUGAUAUGUCACUCCGAACUGUGGAAUAUGUGGUAUUUGAUGAAGCGGAUUCCCUCUUUGGCAUGGGUUUUGCUGAACAAUUGCAUAAAAUUCUUACCCAGCUUAGUGAAAACCGUCAGACCUUGCUCUUUAGUGCAACUUUACCAAGUGCCCUUGCAGAGUUUGCUAAUGCCGGUCUACAAGACCCUCAGCUUGUGCGGCUUGAUUUAGAAACCAAGAUUAGUCCCGACUUAAAGCUUGUUUUCUUCACCUUACGCCAGGAAGAAAAACAUGCCGCACUGUUGUAUUUGGCAAGGGACCACAUUAGCUCUGAUGAGCAAACUUUGAUAUUUGUUUCCACGAAACAUCAUGUAGAGUUCCUUAAUAGUUUAUUUCGAGAGGAGGGUAUCGAACCUUCCGUGUGUUAUGGUGAUAUGGAUCAAGAUGCUCGGAAAAUUAAUAUUUCAAAAUUCAGAUCAAGGAGAACUAUGCUACUUAUUGUGACAGAUGUUGCUGCUAGGGGUAUUGACAUACCUUUACUAGAUAAUGUUAUCAACUGGGACUUCCCUCCAAAGCCCAAAAUUUUUGUUCAUCGUGUUGGACGAGCAGCAAGGGCAGGUAGGACUGGUACUGCUUUUUCCUUUUUGACAUCUGAGGAUAUGCCGUACCUUCUAGAUCUUCAUCUAUUUCUGUCAAGACCAAUCAGGGCUGCACCUACUGAAGAGGAGGUUUUGCAAGACAUGGAUGGGGUGAUGAAUAAAAUUGAUCAAGCAAUUGCAAAUGGAGAAUCUGUUUAUGGUCGUUUCCCCCAAAACAUUAUUGAUCUUAUUUCGGAUAGGGUCAGGGACAUGAUUGAUUCAUCUGAAGAACUAAAUAAUUUGCAAAGGACAUGUACAAAUGCUUUUCGCUUGUAUUCCAAGACUAAACCUUUGCCUGCAAGGGAGUCUAUUAAAAGGGCAAAGGAUUUGCCCCGUGAAGGGUUGCAUCCUAUCUUCAAAAAUGUGCUGGAAGGUGGUGAAUUGGCAGCGCUUGCAUUUUCUGAACGUUUGAAAGCUUUCAGACCCAAGCAAACCAUUCUGGAAGCUGAAGGUGAAGCCGCUAAAUCAAAGCAUUUGCAGUGGGUCGAUGUGAUGAAAAAGAAGAGAGAUAUACAUGAGAAGAUCAUUAAUUUGGUUCAUAAGCAGCGCUCUAGCAAACAUGUGGAAAAGGAAAUUCAAUCUGACGAUGAUUCUCCAAAGAUAAAUGAGAUAAAAGAAGCACGCGGUUCUAAAAGAAAGGCAAGAAAUUUCAAGGACGAGGAGUAUUACAUAAGUUCUGUACCAACAAAUCACCAUACAGAGGCUGGUCUCUCAGUAAGAAGUAAUGAAGGGUUUGGAUCAAAUAGGUUGGAAUCUGCUGUACUGGAUCUUGUUGCUGACGAUAGUGGAGGCAUGCACAAACAAAAAUCAAGAUAUCAUUGGGAUAAGAGGGGUAAAAAGUAUGUUAAAUUGAAUAACGGUGAACGUGUUACAGCUAGCGGAAAGGUUAAGACAGAGAGUGGUGCCAGAGUAAAAGCUGAGAAAACAGGAAUCUACAAGAAGUGGAAAGAACGAUCUCACAGAAAAGUUAAUCUCAAAGGAACUAUUAAUGGAGAGAAUGCUGAGGCUAGAGCAAGUUCAUCAGGAGAUUACCGGUCGCGUGGUUAUGGUAGAAAGUUCGGAGGAAAUAAGAAACCGCAGCACUCUGUGCCUAAUGCUCAUGUGCGUUCAGAGAUCAAAGAUUUGGAACAAGUGCGAAAGGAAAGGCAGGAAAAGGCAAAUAAAUUGUCAUAUAUGAAGAGCAAAGCCAACAAGAAAAAGGGUAAAAAUUUCGGUCGAGGUGGAGGUGGUAAAAGAGGAAAGUCCAAGUAGUCUGAUUCGACUGUUGCAGAGUCUUCUCGAUAGCAACUACAUAUAGGUCUGUGCAUGCUAAACAGAAAGGGGUUCCAAAAGUUUGACCUUCCAAAACUUGUUUUAACUAGCAUUACAUUAUGUCACACAUAAUGCUUACCCUUUUAUUAUGUCUGGAUGCUGGAAAUAAUUGGAGUUGGCAAUUAUUUUGUUUGGUUGAGA